GUUUGCCGGUAGAGUAGCAGAAAGAAUCCCAAACUCGUGUUCUUAGUUUCACUGACAUUAUGAAAUCUGCAAUGUGUUUACGUCUGACAGUUUGACGUUUGAUUCGUGAAAGCUGAGACCAAAUUUGUAUCUGUCAGUUUGCACUUCAUGAAUAAAAUGACUGACAAACACAAGAUAUUUACAAAUGAUCCAGUGCGGCAGCGUGCUUUAAUUCAUACCAGAGUCGAAGUAACUACAACGAAUAAGCAAACUCAUAUUGGUUGGGUAUAUACAGUUGAUCCUGUGUCUGAAAGUGCUAUUUUAGUUGAGCUCGGUGAUGAAAACACUGCAGAAGUGAAAUUUUUAUCAGGAUAUAACAUUAGUGACAUAACAGUCAUUGAAGAUAAGCCUCCACCAGGGCUGGCUGACACCAUUGAUAACCUUUUCAGGAAGAAACAGGUUCAUUAUAGCAGUAGAGAAAUAGUGGAACGACGUGAAAGUCUGUGCGUUUGGUUAGCUGGCAAUCGCGUCCCAUACACCAUCAGAGAUGAUUUGAGCAUUGAGGUAUUGCAAACUGCUGUGAUAGCACCACCAUAUGAGCCAGGUUCCAUUCAGUGCACCAAUGAAGUAGUUCUUGAUAAGGUUAUGAAGUUAGUUCAACAGAUGCCAGCAAAUUCUUGACAGUGCAGCAGUAGUAUCCCAUAAUAAAUUGUGCUUCAUUUGGGCAUUUGUAAGUACAAUAUGUAUUUUUUUUUGUUUAUCUUAAGUAAUACUCCAUAUUUGAUAAAGAAUUAAAGGGUACCUGUAUUCUCAUUAUUCAUUAUUGAUUGGUCUGUUACUUGGUCAAGGUUUUUUAUGAUUAACUUGCACCUUGACUUCACAGACAGUUCUUGUUGCGUGGCCUCCAAUCUGUAAUGAAAUCUUUCAAAACAAAGACCCAAGACCUGGUAGUAUAGGCACCAUAAUACCUUAGAGUCAGUGUAGCUAUUGUAUGAAAUCUGUUUCCUCCUUUCACCUUUCCUUUGGUAUGUAGCAGUAUUUCAUUGAGAAUAAUUGUCAGUUCUUUGGUUCUGUAAUGAAUUUAAAAAUAUACAUUUAGGAAUAAUAUAAUAAAGUACCUCAGGGACUGCAGGUGAUUGUGCACAGUAUGUCUUUCAGAUGAUUUUUUACUCAGCAUGCAGCUACUGCAUGGUAUAUGCACAUUAAACUUACACUAUCCAUAGGGUAUUUGAGCUUUGGCUGUCAUGUACCAUUGGUUGAAACUUUGGGAUAUGUACUAAACCUAUUACUGCUGAUUAACAUAAGUAUAUUACAGUAAUAUUUUAUUCAGGACGAUUGACCUUUUUGUAAUUAGCAGUAAAAUUCAUCAAACAAUGCAAAAGAGAAUUGAGAUGUAAACAGACAGACAUUCAUACAAAUACUAACAGAAGCUAUAGUUUACAUGUACAGUAAUAGCCAAGGGAAGAGUGAACAUGGUACUUAUAAAUUCAGUGAUUGUUCUAUUAAUGUCAGCAUAUAUAUAGUGUAGUGAAAUUAUUAUUAUUAUUAUCAUUUAUGUGUAAGUAUUGUUAAAUUUGUUUUUGUAUUCAACAUUGUUAACAGCGUUAAAAUGUAAAGUGGUUAAAUCACAAGGCUCAGAUCAUUUCAGAGUACGUACUACCUCCUUCUUCCAACAGCUGUAACCUUUAUGAUAUUUAGCACAUAUAUUGUAUUUAACCCAGUCCUAGUGAAAUAGAUAUUUAAUUUCACAAUGUUCCACAUUUAAGAAAAAAAAUCUAUGAUCAAAAUAGUGUAUGUUGUACAUCAUUGACUUUACUAUUACUUUUUUAAUUUGUUAUAUGACUUUUACUGUCAGUUUCUGUAAAAGUAGGUGCACAAAAUAAAUCCAGUAGCAUCAGUUUUGGACAAUGAAAAAUUUAUUUUAAACUUCUGAAUGGGUCCAUGCUCAGAUAUGUAUAUUCUGCAUAUAUUCAUUCAAUUCAUUUCACUUGUUGCAAUCCAUUUCAUAAUUUGAGGUGAAAGCUGCUUUACAUGUUUUAUAGUUGUAUUAUCAGAUUUAACAGUCUUACAUGCAGCAUCAUCUCUCUCCCCUUCAGUUUCAAAAUUUAUACUUUCUUCUCUUUAAAUAUGUGAGCAGUUUGAAUUCCUUAAAGCCUCAUGUACAUCUUUCUUUUUUCUCUAACACUACCCUUCUUGUCUGCAAACUCAACAAUCCUAAGUCUCAUCUUCUUAACCACUCCUAACUUACCAAUGACCCCAUCUUCCAUUUCAUCCACCUUUACAGUGUCAACACAGCUACAAUUAUCUUUCAAAAUUUCCUGCCCAUUUUUCAUAUGAUCUCCCAACACACUCCAUUCAUCAGCCUGCACAUCACUGAUCCAUUUUGCUUUUUGUAAGUUUCAAAAUUUACAUUCUGCCAACAUUCAUCAUGGGAUGGAAUUGAUAAUCAGAUUGAUUAUUAGUUGUAACCAUUAAGAAGAUACCAUAUAGUUUUGUAUCACAAAGUAUCAAUUGUUAAGUUUUAGAUGGAGGAGCAAAAUGCAGACAUGUCAGAGUGCCAUUAAUCCUGUCUUGAUUCAGAUUAGGUAAAAAAUCGUCACCAUUUUAUCCAUAAUAUAGGAAGCAGCCCUGUGAGAGCUAAAUAAAUGAGCUCAGUGGUCUGGUUAAACUACUUGAUAACUAUAUGCAUUGAUGUAAUUGUAAUAGUUAAACAUUUCAGUAAAGGUUUAAAUUUACAUAGGUGGUUGAAUGUGACCUCAUAAUUGUCUAUACGUAUAUAGCCGUUCCUGGUUAAUUCAUUAAUUAGUAGUAAUAUCUUUUGACCAAACAUGUAUUGAGGGUUAUUUUUUACCUUGUAACCAACUGCCACGUUAAUAUUAUAAACAUGACAAAUUUUAAA